CCCGGCGACCGGUGCCCGUUCCUGCCCGUCGCCGGCAGAGGGGAGAAGUCCAGCAGCACUUCAGCAGCAAGCAGGCUCCAACCCAUUUGUGACUUCGUUCUCCAAGCUAGAAUUGUUCAUGGUGGCGCCUCCCUCGUUGGCGGCUCCGACCAACUCCACGUUCUCCCACCUCUUCCAGCUGUGCGCACAUGGUGGCCGCGCUGCCCUCGCCGCCGGUCUCGCCGUGCAUGCACGCAUGCUUGUGUCUGGGUUCGUCCCCACAGCCUUCGUCUCCAACUGCCUCCUGCAAAUGUAUGCCCGCUGUGCGGACGCCGCCUAUGCCCGGAGGGUGUUCGACGCGAUGCCCCACAGGGACACCGUCUCAUGGAACACCAUGCUCACUGCGUACACGCACUCUGGGGACAUCACAACCGCUAUAUCUCUCUUUGAUGCGAUGCCAAACCCGGAUGUCGUGUCAUGGAACGCUCUUAUCUCGAGCUAUUGCCAGCGCGGCAUAUACCAGGAGUCGGUGGCCCUGUUCUUGGAGAUGGCUCGUUCUGGUGUUGCCUCUGACCGGACAACUUUUGCCGUCCUUCUGAAGUCGUGUGGUGCUUUGGACGAUUUGGCACUAGGUGUUCAAAUCCAUGCAUUGGCGGUUAAGACAGGGUUAGGGAUCGAUGUGCGGACUGGGAGUGCUCUAGUGGACAUGUAUGGCAAGUGCAGCAGUUUGGAGGACGGGUUAUUCUUCUUUUAUGCAAUGCCGGAUAGGAACUGGGUCUCGUGGGGUGCAGUUAUUGCUGCAUGUGUUCAAAAUGGUCAGUAUACGCGUGGGUUGGAGCUGUUCAUGGAGAUGCAGAGGUCAGGGAUGGGGGUGAGCCAGCCGGCUUAUGCCAGCGCUUUCAGAUCCUGCGCAGCAAUGUCAUGCCUGUGCACUGGUAGGCAGUUACACGCGCAUGCCAUAAAGAAUAAGUUCAAUACUGACCGUAUUGUUGGGACAGCCAUUGUGGACGUUUAUGCUAAGGCUAAUAGCUUGGUGGAUGCUAAAAGGGCAUUCUUCGGCUUGCCCAGUCAUACAGUUGAGACAUGCAAUGCCAUGAUGGUUGGGCUUGUGCGCGCAGGGCUAGGAAAUGAGGGCAUGGAACUGUUUCAGUUCAUGACCAGGUCAGGCAUUGGUUUUGAUGCAGUCAGCUUGUCGGGGGUUUUCAGUGCUUGUGCAGAGAUUAAGGGGUAUUUACAAGGGCUGCAAGUCCACUGCUUAGCAAUGAAAUCAGGUUUUGAUGCGGACAUCUGUGUCCGAAAUGCAAUUCUUGAUCUGUAUGGGAAGUGCAAAGCAUUGGUAGAAGCAUACCUUGUCUUCAAGGACAUGGAGCAACGAGAUUCAGUCUCUUGGAAUGCUAUUAUUGCUGCUCUUGAGCAGAAUGGACACUACGAGGACACUGUAGUUCAUUUUAAUGAGAUGCUACGUUUUGGUAUGGAACCAGAUGAUUUCACAUAUGGCAGUGUGCUUAAGGCUUGUGCAGCUUUACAAUCUUUGGAAUUUGGGUUGAUGGUUCAUGACAAGGUUAUCAAAUCAGGACUUGGUUCAGAUGCUUUUGUAGCUAGCACUGUUGUUGACAUGUACUGCAAGUGUGGUAUGAUGACAGAUGCUCAGAAACUUCAUGACAGAAUUGGGAGGCAAGAACUUGUUUCAUGGAAUGCCAUCAUGUCAGGAUUUUCACUGAACAAACAGAGUGAGGAUGCCCAGAAAUUCUUCUCACAGAUGUUAGAUAUGGGACUAAAGCCUGAUCAUUUCACGUAUGCCACUGUUCUUGAUACUUGUGCUAAUUUAGCUACCAUUGAGAUCGGGAAACAGAUCCAUGGUCAGAUAAUCAAGCAAGAAAUGCUGGUAGAUGAAUAUAUAUCCAGUACUCUUAUAGAUAUGUAUGCCAAAUGUGGGUACAUGCAAGACUCGCUGCUAAUGUUUGAGAAGGCGCACAAACGGGAUUUUGUGUCAUGGAAUGCUAUGAUAUGUGGCUACGCGCUGCAUGGCCAAGGAGUAGAAGCACUCCAGAUGUUCGAUAGGAUGCAAAAAGAGAAUGUGGUUCCAAACCAUGCAACUUUCGUUGCUGUACUUCGGGCUUGCAGCCAUGUUGGGCUGUUGGAUGAUGGAUGCCGUUACUUCCAUCAGAUGACCUCCCGCUAUAAAUUGGAACCACAACUGGAGCACUUUGCUUGUAUGGUAGAUAUACUAGGACGGUCAAAGGGACCGCGAGAAGCUCGGGAGUUUAUCAGCACCAUGCCUUUUGAAGCUGAUGCAGUCAUUUGGAAGACUCUCCUAAGCGUUUGCAAGAUCCAUCGGGAUGUUGAGGUGGCUGAACUUGCUGCCAGUAAUGUUCUGCUACUAGAUCCUGAGGAUUCUUCAGUUUACAUUCUUCUGUCAAAUGUAUACGCAGAAUCAGGGAAAUGGGUUGACGUUUCAAGGACAAGAAGGUUAAUGAGGCAGGGAAGGCUUAAGAAGGAACCUGGUUGUAGCUGGAUUGAGGUGCAAAGUGAAAUGCAUGGUUUCCUUGUAGGAGAUAAUGUCCAUCCGAGAUCGAGGGAGCUGUAUGACAUGUUGAAUUACUUGAUUGAUGAGAUGAAACUGACUGGAUAUGAGCCUGAUUUGGCUUAUUUUGCUGAAGAGGGGAGUGCAUUUGAGCAGCAUCAGUUACAUGGAAUUGUUGGUGGCUAAUCUGUCAAGCAUUGGCGUUCCAAUCUAUUAUUAGAGCGUGGUGCACUUAGACUGUGAGGAAGCAUGGCAGGAAUCAUCUUAGUCUGGAUUGUCACCCUCUGCAUAUGUCUGUGACUAAUUUGGUGGGUCUGAUGCUCGAGAAUCGGCCUAAGGUUCGUACUCGAGUGGUGGUUGGAGCCAAGGGAGGUGGCGUAAAUUGGAGUGCUGUAAGGAAAAGUAAUCAGAGGAGGUACCGUCGCAAGCUUAUUUAGCAUCAGGCUGCAAACGAACAAGGUGGCGCUCAAGAAUUGGGAUGGUGACAAGGUAGUUUGGGUUAAUCAAGUGACAAGGAAUAAUUGGGCGGCGGCGGAAGUUCGAGUGGUGGAAGGAAAAGUAAUCAGAAGAGGUGCCAUCACAAGCUGAUAGCAUCAGGCUGCAAACGAAUGAGGCGGCGCUAAAGAAUUGGGAUGGUGACAUGGUAGUUCGGGUUAAUCAAGUGGGAUUUCUACGUAUACACUGCACCUGCACUAACCUUCUGCUUUUACCACACUCUUCUCCUAACACAGCCAAUUCCAGGCAGGGAAGCAAUUACAGACUAAAAUGUUGGGUGGUCGUUGUGCUUCAGAUCCACAGACGAAUACAAGUCCAGACAUCUUGCCACUGAACAUCAAAUUGGUCUUCUAAUUAGUUUCACACGUUGCUGU